AUGGGAUGCUAUAUUCUUCUUGGGAACAAUCUCAUUAUUCCCUCUGCCAGAGAUCUACAUAUGUUCAGUGUGUGAGUGACAGUUGCUUCAGGAACCUUGCUGAAGACCGCAGUGGGAUAAACCUUAAAGAUCUGGUCCAAGACCCAUCUUUGUUGGGUGGGACUAUAUCUGCAUACAAGAUAGUGCCAGACGAAAUUGAAGAAAUCAAGGAGACACUGAUAGACUGGUGUGAUGAAAAGGAACUUAACUUGAUUUUGACAACUGGAGGAACAGGGUUUGCACCACGAGAUGUAACUCCAGAGAAAUUCCCAACAUUCCCAUUUUGUGGGCUCCAGAGAGGGGCCACUAAAGAAGUAAUAGAGCGAGAGGCCCCAGGGAUGGCCCUGGCAAUGCUGAUGGGAUCACUUAAUGUUACUCCUCUGGGCAUGCUCUCUAGACCUGUAUGUGGAAUCAGAGGAAAAACUCUCAUAAUUAACCUGCCAGGCAGCAAGAAAGGGUCACAGGAAUGUUUUCAGUUUAUACUGCCAGCCCUACCUCAUGCCAUUGACCUUUUGCGGGAUGCCAUUGUAAAAGUAAAGGAGGUACAUGACGAACUUGAAGACCUACCUUCACCGCCACCUCCUCUUUCUCCUCCUCCAACCACCAGCCCACACAAACAGACAGAAGACAAAGGUGUACAGUGCGAGGAAGAGGAGGAAGAGAAGAAGGAUAGUGGAGUUGCCUCAACAGAGGACAGUUCCUCUUCACAUAUAACUGCUGCAGCCAUUGCAGCUAAGAAGCAUCCAUCCUACACCAGUUCUGCUGUUAUCAUGGCAAAAGGUGAACAGCCCAUCCCGGGUCUCAUCUGUUAUUCCCAUCACGCAGCAGGCAGUGCAGGAGAACCGAUUCCAGACUCCAUCAUUUCUCGUGGUGUUCAGGUGCUCCCACGAGACACAGCCUCUCUCAGCACUACCCCUUCAGAAUCUCCUCGUGCCCAGGCCACCUCUCGUCUCUCCACUGCGUCCUGCCCAACACCAAAACAAAUUAGACGGCCGGAUGAAAGCAAAGGAGUUGCUAGUAGAGUUGGAUCCCUCAAACUCCAUCGAAAGCUGGAGGAGCUCAGAGAUCACCUAGAAGGCAAUGUCAAAGGAUGCUCUCUCCGAGUAAAUGCUCGGCUCCCUUCGUGCUCAUCCACCUAUAGUGUUUCUGAGGUCCAGUCCAGGUGCAGUAGCAAGGAGAACAUCCUCAGAGCCAGUCACAGUGCCGUUGACAUUACCAAGGUGGCCAGAAGACAUCGCAUGUCUCCAUUCCCAUUGACGUCUAUGGACAAAGCCUUCAUCACAGUUCUGGAGAUGACCCCAGUGCUCGGAACAGAAAUCAUCAAUUACCGAGAUGGAAUGGGCCGAGUUCUUGCUCAAGAUGUUUAUGCAAAAGACAACUUACCCCCCUUCCCAGCAUCGGUAAAAGAUGGAUACGCUGUCAGAGCUGCUGAUGGCCCUGGGGAUCGAUUCAUCAUUGGGGAAUCCCAAGCUGGUGAGCAGCCAACUCAGACUGUGAUGCCUGGUCAGGUAAUGCGGGUUACAACAGGAGCUCCAAUCCCCUGUGGUGCUGAUGCUGUGGUGCAAGUAGAAGACACAGAACUCAUCAGGGAAUCAGAUGAUGUGAGUCAGAACUAAAAACUCAUUGUGCUAGUAGU